UUUCUGUUAUUGUGUGGCUGUGUGGUCCUCAAAGACAAGAGAGAAUGUUUGCAAGAUGUGCAUAUGGUCCAAAUCAGUGAACACACACAGAAUGAGAUGCAUGAUUACCUCACAGUUUCUAUAUAAAGCUGACUCAGAGACAACUUUAUGAGGUUAGCAUCAUAUCAUCUUAGGAAGGAAUAUAAACUUGCAAAUUGCAACUGAAAUAGUCAUAUACGGCUUCCCCCCUUGGAUUGCUGCAGAGAAGAAGGGAAGGGGGCAUGUUCAGUUUGAGGGUGUGGGGGUUUCCAUGGAAACACAUUUACGUCUAUAUUUAAUGCAAAAGUUGGAGGGGUCUAAAAUAGAAUGGAUAGAGAAUUCUCUGGCCUUAAUAAGAAAAGAGAAGAGAAAAUCAACUGUUUGUGGAUCAGUGCGUUUUUCUAGUCAAUUCAACUUAGUGACUUGCACUUUUAUUUUGUGUCAUUUUGUGUAUUCAUUUUGAACUGUUACUGUUAAUGAGUUUAAAAAAACACUGAAAAACAUGUAUGUCUGCCUCCUAAUGUCACAAGCCUCUUGACAGUGUUGCAUAGAGUAAUCCAAGUGUGAAUUAAUAAGGUGUGUGUUAAAAUUUCAACCAUUUUGAUACCACACAGAGGAUAAAAACAGGACAGGACAAAUGUGGGACAUUUUUAUCCUAAUAUUAUAUCUUCAUAUUGUAAUGAUUCAUAUCUUGCAAAGUUAAAUACCACUUGCGCAGCUCAUUAUCAGGGUUUCUGAGCCUUUAUUCAAAGAUAUUUAGAGCCUUUAUUCAGGGGCUCUGUGAUGACAGGUGAGCAUGUGAGAUUUCUUUGUGUUUGCAUGGACUUCAUGCUCCUGUCUACCACAGAGACUUGGAGAGGAGGCCGGUUCUUCAUGUCUGACGUCAUCAUGCUUUACACAUGACUGUCCCUCUUGGGACUGCAUCAGCAACGCAUCUGUGUUUUUUUUCUCUCUCUUUUUUGUAUGUGUAGCCACCCCUACCUUCUUCCCUUCUCUCUCUCCCUCCCCCUUUGUAAUUUUCUGCCUCCAUCCCCUCCCCCUCUCCUAUUUUCACUGAAUUCAUGUGAGGAGAUGCUCGGCACUGCUCCUCCUUCAUGCUACAGGCGCAGGCACAUAGACAGAAACAUUCUCCUGUCUCUUCUCGGAUCAGUGGAUUACUGACAGCAUUAGGCGUGCUGCUGGCUUUGGGCAGCUCCAACAUGAUUUUCUCUACGGCUGCUUUUGUGGGUGCCACCCUGGGGACAGCUUCAGGAAUCCUCACCCUCUGUGGACUCUCUCUCCUCUGCAAAUCCUGUAAGAAAGGGAAACUAGAAAGUGCAGCUGGGACUGACCCUGAAAAGGCCAAAGCCAGUGUUCUGCACUCCCUACAGCAGUUCAGAGUGGAAAAAUCCACAGAACCAAUUCAGCCAAAAGCCCUGCUGAAUUUCCCCAAAACCUACAAACCUACACCAUCAGUCACUUCACCUGAAGUCUUAAACUGUGCUGACCUUGGAAAAACAAAACAAACGACACCGAAGGAAACUGCCAAAGAGUCUGAUUCUUGGAACCAAGCAACGGAUGGACCAGAAGAAGACUUUGCCAUCCCCAGAGAGGAUUCCACGGAUGACACACCUUGUGGCUCUGAACUGAGCAAUGGGAUGACAACAAGUAGCUCUAUCAUCCAUCCAAAGCUGCACUUUUCUCUCACCUAUAACAUGCAAAACAAAGAACUGCAUGUCACAGUGAUAGAAGCGGAGCACGUGGCGGUGGAGGAGGGUGGUGAGGGCUACAUCGCAGGCCUGCUGACCACAGAGGGGAGGGAGAGGCAGGCUCAGACCUCAGUGCGCCGCCUCAUGGGUCACGUUCAGUGGGGAGAAGACCUGAUCUUCCCCCUGCCAGAUGGGUACCAGGUGGAGGGAGAGGUGUCUCUGGCCCUUCACAGCUGUGACCGAUUUUCCCGCAACACCAACUUGGGUGCCAUGAGGUUUAAGCUGGCCGAUGUGGGCAUGAUGUCAGAUGCAGACUGUUGGGUUGAUCUUCAACCUCCAAAACAGGAGGUGGCCGAAUCUGCAGGUGAGAUUCUCUUGUCGAUUAGCUACCUGCCAGCUGCUAACAGGCUGGGUGUUGUGGUCAUGAAGGCGAGGGGCCUCCAAUCUGACAGGCUGAAAAACAACAUAGACCUUUCUGUAAAGCUGGCCCUGAAGCACCAGUCCACCAAGCUGAAGAAGAAGCAGACGCGACGAGUCAAGCACAAGAUCAACCCUGUCUGGAAUGAGAUGAUGAUGCUGGAGGUUCCCCAUGAGAUGCUGGCCAAGUCCAGCUUGGACUUAGAGUUGUUCAACCAGACUGGGCAGGGGCAGCUGGAGCCCCUUGGCCACUGCCAGUUGGGUCUUCAGGCCUCUGGCACUGGCCUUCAGCACUGGCAGCAGAUGCUAGACAACCCUCGCAAGCAGAUCGCUAUGUGGCAUCCUCUCUUUGCCUGAGACCUCCCUCAUACUCUCCCAACUCAUCACUUCUGAUGUGUCUGUUAAGCCACACUCACAGGCCUGAACAACUGCAUAUGUUCUCUUGGUUUGUGUUUGUGGGGGUGUCUUUCACUUGGGUUCUCACAGGUACUCAUUUUGCACACUUUGAAGAAUGGACCCAAACAUGCACAGUUACCUGAUUCAAAAGUAUCAUAUUUUUGUAAUACAUACAUACAUUUGCUCUGUGUUUAUAUUCCACAUGGGAUUAUUUUAAGGGGGCUUAUCACAGUCUAUCUUGGUUAGUGACUGGGACACAAAAGUGAAUCAUGGCUAGACAAUCCUGCUAUGAGUUUAGAGUAGCCUACUGAUAAGACCCCUUAUGGUGUUAUGUCAGUUAAAUAUUCUCUACAAAUAUUUUUUUGUUAGCAUCAUCAGCCAUGUUCAACCCAUCACAUUGAUCAUACACAAAGUUUCCAUGCUUAAAAUUGUGAAUAUUUAAAGAUAAUUUCUAAGAUUAAAGCACCACUUUAAAUAAAGGGUAUUUUAGACUCUAGAAGCUGGUCACAUACACUAUGGCUCAAUAAAGAGAUGGCUGAUAUCCCAUGCGUCUCCAGCCAUCCCUCCUCUUCAAGGUUAAGUGCUUGCUUGGGCAUCUGCCAGGCAAUUGCACAAAUGCUUUCCAAAAAACAAUGCAGGCCUUUUGGCAAUGAAAAUAUGUUACUGCCCAAUACUAAAUCACAUACAAUACACGUUUUUUUUUUCUGUUUCUAUUUAACUGUUUAAAUGCUCUCAAAACCAAAAGCAGUACUUCUGAAGCUGAAUUUUACAGAACACAUAAACAAGGUAACAGCACCUCUUACUUUUCAGGUUCAUUCAGUUUUCAGGUUUUCAGGUUUCAGGUAAAUUAUAGUAAAUAUAAGAAGAUGGAUAGUUUAUGGUAUGGUCAAGUCAAAACUAAGUUAUUGUGUAUGUAAUCUGGUUUAUAGGGAUCUGACCCUAAGAUUAGUUCUCUAACCAGCAAGCUAACCAGUAAAUUACCGGAAUUCUGGUAAAAGGUUCCUUACCGAAGGUUCUGGAUUUAAUCAAGCAUCAAUUUAAUCAUGCAUAUAUUUAAUCAAGCAUACCAAAAACAAAAGCAUAGUGAAACAUGCUCACAUGGAUCAGCUACUCUUAUCGUUUAUGAUUUCCACCAGCUCUCAUUGAACUACAGUGACUCUAUGGAGAGAAAAGUAUCUCUGCAUGUUAUAUCCAUACACUUUAGCCAGCUUCAGGGCCCUAAAACCUACCAACCUAAAAACCUAAAAUGUUUUCAAGUGCUUUUUGUGUUAUGAAAGCAGCAUUGUUGACUGAGUUAUUGUUUGGUUUUUCAAGAGAGAUCUUCACAUUGUCAUGUCAUCCUAACCUUACCUACCAAACCUUACUUCAUACAUUGUCAUGUCAUCCUAACCUUACCUACCAAACCUUACUUCAUCAUUUAUCUUUCCUCAAUGUCAUUAUUUAUGUUCCCUGACUAUUGUUCAAUCAGCUGUAGUCUGAAUGUGAUGUAAAUUGUAAAGGAGACAUUACUCUGUCUUAUGUGUCUGGGCACAGAUCAGCAGAAGUGCUUGCUAGUUCAGCCCAAGCUGCUUAAACAAUCCUGUCACGCUUUCCAGUGUACUGUGCUUGAAGGCCAAAUUUAUUCUCCCUCUCUAAGGAGAUGUCAGACCUUAUGAACACAAGAGUUAUUCAGCCUUUUGUCAAAGGCUUUGGUGCCAGUAUGUUUUCGAAAAAGGUUGAAUAAUUUCUCACAGGCUUGAUUUACAUAAUGUACUGUAAUCGGUUCGACACUUUGAAAUAUAGUAGCAAUAUGUGUAGAAGCAGCAGUGUUCUUCUGUUUCCUAAUAUCACAAACAGUAGUUUAGGAGUUUAUAUGUACCACAGUUGAAUAAAAUAAACAUAUCAGCUGUCUGCAUACUA